GUGGUGACUUCAAUAACGUGAAAAUGUCGUCGAAUCGAAAACUGACGCAAGAUGAUCUGCGCAAGGCGAUGAACGAGCACAAGAAGAAACUCGGCACAGUGAAGAAAAUCGACUCACCGUUGGCCAAGUAUACAGAUUCAGGUCAGCUUAUGUGCGUUUUGUGCAAGACCGUUGUACGCAGCGAAACAGUGUGGCCUGUUCACUUGAAUUCCAAAGUCCACAAGGAAAAUGUUGCAUUAGCCAAGAAAACCAAAUUGGAAACAGAAAGUAAACCGUCCAAUGUCACAACAUUCAAAAGACCUCCCUCUCCGAUCGAGGAAACUUCAAAUAAGAAGAUAAAGGGAAUAUUGAAAAAUUCUAAUCAACCGGCAGUGCAGGCCAAGUCAAGCUUGCCAGCGGAUUUCUUUGAUAACAAUCCUAAGCAAAUUAAUGGCUCCAAACCAAUCAUUCCAUCCGCUCCAACACAAGAGAGCAAAGAUUCCAUGGUAGAGGUAGACAUGGUAGAAGCAGAGGAAGUGGAGGAAGAGAAAGAGAAAGAAAAAGCAAAGGACUCGAAUUUAGCUACUCUUCCAGAAGGAUUUUUUGACGAUCCAGUGAUGGAUGCUAAGGUUCGUAAUGUCGAGUACAAAGAUCCCAUUGAGGAAGAAUACGAGAAAUUUCAAAAAGAAAUUAAGGAAGAGGCGGCACAAUCCGCGCAAAUUAUUGCCGACGAUCAGGAGGAAGCUACGACGGAAAGACAAUUGGAUGAAAUUGAGGAACAAAUCAGACGUUGGUCCAGAGUGAUAGAUCUCGCGAAACGUAUGGAGCAAGUACAGGGUACCGACAGGAAGCAGGAAAAUAUGGACGACGACGUGUCGAGCGGUGACGAGGCAGAAUUCGAUGAAUUCCUCGACUGGCGGGCGAAGAAUUCGUACAAAUGAGUGAAUAUUAUGUCACUUUGUUUAUUAAAUGUGUAAAUAUUAGCGUGUGUGCGUGUGAAUAUUCUCGCAAACAAAAAGUAUUAUUUUAUAUAAAAGUUCUACGGAUUUGUUUUUUUCUAAAUCCCUCGUGUAUCUCAUACUUCCCGCCAAACUUCCCUCACCUUUUAGAACCACGUGAGAGAACACACACACACGUGUUGUUUUGCUGGAGCAUUAAAUUUAAGUCUUCUCGAAAAGAUCCGAGAGAAAUAACAAUAACAGAAAACACAUAUAGUGUAUUAAGAUUUUAUUAAAACGAACUUGAGAAGAGUCAGAAUAUAUAAUUGAGUUUUAGAUACAUUUGGUAUACAGAUUACUCGUUAAUAAUUAUCGUAAGCUAUAUAUAUGAAAAGUAUUGAUAUAUAAAGGUUUUUUUUUUUAUAGAGAUACGCUCUAAGCUGCUAGUAAAGUCAGUGUAUAUAUAUAUAUAUACACACCCACAUGUGUAUGUAUAUAUAUAUAGACGUAAUCACCACGUAGGUCAUGUAGUUUAACGAUAUAUUUCACACAUCGUAUGUUGCAUAUACCGAACUUGUUUUUUUUUUUUAUAAAACACUAAAAUACUAAAGAUUUGGUAAAAGAGGGGGGACUCGCGUGUAUGAUUUCAAUUAAUAAUACCCGCACCUAUACACAAUCACGCGCGGUGUCUGUUUUUCUUCUUGGAAUUCCGCUCGAUCAAUAUCAACGCGCCUUUUCGCAACAGACUUGAGUACAAUUUUUGCUUACCCACAUCCUUGACGCGUUGGAUCGUCAAGAGCGAGACGAAUUCAAAAAAUUCUCUCUCUUCCGCAAUUGCCGCCUAGAAAAACUUACAACACUAACAGUAACAGUAGAAUAUCCUUAGAGAUUAUCGAGUGUUUAAAUUAAUUAUGUAGAGCGCGCGCGCAAAUUUUAUUAAUUCGCAGUUUGAAUCAAAGCGCGUCUCUCGUCAAUAUAUAUAUAUAUGCAAUAUAUAUUUAUAUGUAUAUAUUAUAUGCGUGUAUAUAGAUAAAUAGUAUUUUUUUUAUAUCGUAUAUAUAUUUUUUGUGUCGUUUUUUUCUUUCUUUUUUUUUUUUAACACGUAUUCUUACAAAUUUACAUCCUAUAUAUCAUCAUCAGAUCACAAUGUGUCGUGUGAGUACCGCUGACGAUUCGCUUCUACCUCUCGUGCAACGGAUAUCAUGAGAGACGGACGGAUGGCUCCGUCCGGACAAUGACAAACGCAAGCGCAAAGAGUUCAAGGAUAUAUAUUUAUAUUAAUUAAUUGUAUAUAUAUAUAUAUAUUAUAUAAUAUAUACGAGACAAUAUCUUGUGUGGCGAUAUAUCCGCGCAAAAAGCUUAAUAAUAGAAUGCGUAUAUCUCGAUAUAGGAUACACAGUAUAGUCUCUUAAGAACGAAGCGAAGGGUUUUAACGCUUGUUAAGAUACAUUGUAUAGAUAUUUAUAUCUCGCAGUAAGAAGUGACUUACUCCUUGCCUCGGCUUAAAGAUAAUAAUCUCGCGCAGUUAAUAAUUCUCGUUAAUAAUUAACUUACAUUACAAUGUUUACAUUACCGUAGAAGUACAAAUGUGUGAUUGUGAAUAAUCGUGCUGUAUUUGAAGAUGCGCAAAAAGAGGGACGGGGGGGGGGAGGGUAAAUCAGAAACUCGCGGGGGAGGCGUCGCGGCUCUCGGGGAAAGAUUCCCGAGGUUCUCUUCGAUUCGGAGAGAACAACAUUUCUCGUGUUCGAAAGUGCUUUCGCGCGUCUUCCCUUGGAUUGUCACUCUCGGAAUUUCGGAAGGGGAGGGGAGGGACACAAAAAUGAUGUUUCAUCUACACAACGCGUCUCGGACGCCCGCGAGAAACGCUGAGAGAUCGAAACCGGUCGAUCGAGAUGAACCGAAAAGAUUGUUUCUACAGCUUCGCGCGCUCUAACAAACUCGUUCGCUAAUUUCCUUUGUCUUGUUUUUCUACGAUCAGAUCUUCUCUCGUCGCGACUACGUUUUUAUUAUUUUUUUCGGUCAAAACGAGCUGCUCGAUAAAUUACGAGCGUGUAAUAUAGUUUCAACAAAUUUUUCUUUCCCGUUUGAAUUUUCAAAAGGAACGCGCGAAUGAUCCAAACACUUCCCCAUAUUUGAAUCAUAACGACGCAUUCCCGGAUCUUUUGUCUCCUCACUCACGUUGAAACGAAACAGGCUCGACAAAGUGAAUUUGUCGACAAAACGAAACGCGUGAUUUUGGCACGCCGUAAUGCGCAAACACUGUUUUUUCUUUUUGUUAGAUACUCCCGGAUCGUUCGACGAACAAUAGAGUAGCACACGCGGGAGCUGUGAUGACGACAUCAAUCGAAAUCUACACACGCACGUGGCUUGUUGACACGCGCUCUGCGCGUUUUUUCAGUAUUAAAAAAAAAACGAAAAUCGAUUCCAACGUCACGCUCGUAUUACUCGGCUACUACAAGUAUGAUUUAUUCAAGCCGUUGAAAGAGAGAAUCAUCACUUUUCGCGAUAACACACGCGAGACUCGAUCUAAACGCUCAGAGAGAAAAAAUAUACCGUUAAUCUUAUUAUUCUCGACGCGUUAAAAAUCGUGUGCAAAAAAUGUGGGCGCGUUACUCUUCGAACUCUCGCGCAAUAAGAAGCUACGAGACGUUUGCAAAAGAGUGAGCGCGAGCGAUUUCUUCGAAGUUAUGACAACAACAAAGAACGUAGGCACUCUUCUUUUCCUUCGCUUUCUUCCUCUUCUUUUUUCCCGAUUUUUCGUGUCCUUCCGUGAAGAAGCGGUAAAGAUAAAAGGUCUGUGCGCGCAAGUACAAAACUCGGCUUACAAAUUGUACUCGUUGCGUAGAUAAAGUGAUUUAUUAUAUCGAGUAAACGUACGUACUUAAAG